GACACGAACUCGUACACAACAAAUUACCACCAGAGCGGAACCAAAAGUAUAGUAGCAGUACUCCGGGCUCCGGCACCAACCACGGCAAUGGCUUCACCGGCGGCAGGCUGCCCGGCGGCCUACUCAUGGGCGCCGCAGGACGGGGCACAGCGCGGGCAGAAGGUGUUCAUGCAGGUCUGCGCGGGGUGCCACGUCAUGCUCCCCUACGCCGGCCUUCGGGCGGCGGCGCAGGGCGAGGUGGAAGCUCAGAUGGCCGUGAUCGUUGUCACGGAGGAAGCUGUGACGGCUGUGAGAUCCCCAUCCGGUGGCUCGUACACGCCGGACCUCACCGCCCUCACCACAAAAAUCCAUGAAGGGGCGGCUCUGUACACCACCGGGGGCAACAUCACGACGACGAUGCCUAGGAUGCUCACCGGCGGUGUCUCCAUGUGCCAACAGCUGAUGAAGAAGAUGGCGCCACCGAGCGCCAUGUGGAUGCAGUUUGCCCAGCCCUACAUUGGGACAACUAUCCAGAUGGCUUGAUCGGCCCAUCGACGUCCAGAGUUUGGAGUCAUGCUACGGUGAAGCUUACCUAUUUCCUUGAAGAUUUCACAUGUAUCUUUGUGCUGAAUCGAGUAGUAUCGAGAAUAAAUCCUCAUGCACGUCGUGUUUAGAAUGGAGGGAAGUUUUUCGAUAUGAAGUGUUCCCAUGAUUUUUAUGGAGUGUACCUUCGUUCUCAAUGUACAUUAAUGGCGAGCGAGUCCACAUGAUAGGCUCUCAUCCUGAAGCACGUUAAGAAAAAUGUCG